UUCGACUGGGAAAACUUUAUCCGGUUAACAUGCUGCAGGAGACGGACGCACGUUCACUUGGGAAGCUCAACGACUUACCCGACGACUCUCCGCUGAUCGUGCCGUAUCUGGGCAAACUAAGGAACGGAGCCGAAAAAGAGCUCGAGCGAGGGACUUGGGCUGACUUGUCGGAUACAUUCUUGCUGAGAUUUCUCCGAGCUCGAGAUUUCGACACAGAGUUAGCGCUGAAGCUCCUGAUUAAUUAUUUUAGGUGGAGGAAUGAAUGUCCUGAAAUAAGUGCCAAUCUGCAGCCCUCUACAGUGUUGGGCCUCCUACAAAAUAACUACCAUGCAGUUUUGAAAUUUAGAGAUACCAACGGGAGUAGAAUUUUGGUUUAUAGAAUAGGACAGUGGGACCCGAAACUCUUCACAGCUUAUGAAGUUUUUCGUGUCAGCCUCAUCACUUCUGAACUAAUUGUGCAAGAGACAGAGACUCAGAGAAAUGGGCUUAAAGCAAUCUUUGAUUUAGAAGGUUGGCGGUUUGCCCAUGCUUUUCAGAUUACUCCAUCACUGGCUAAAAAAAUCUCAGCAGUGCUUACUGAUGCUUUUCCUUUAAAGGUCCGCGGUAUCCAUUUGAUUAAUACACCGAUAUUGUUUUGGUCAGUCUUUGCAGCGAUAAAACCUUUUCUGUCAGAAAAAAUAAAAGCACGGAUUCACUUGCAUGGAUGCACAUACCAACAAAGUCUUAUCCAGUACUUCCCAGACAGCAUUCUUCCAGAGGAAUAUGGGGGUUCGGGACCCACAAUUGAAGAAGCUUGCAAAGAAUGGACAGAAUUUAUCCUUAAAUCAGAAGAUCAGCUUCAUAAGCUGUCAAUUGCUUCAUCCGAUGGAUAACGUUAAAAGUAGUUUCAUCAGUACGUGUAUAAUGCCAAGCUGAUAUUAUAAUAAGUCACUGCUUUGCAGUGUAUAGUAAAGAUAGACAUUAGUACAAAGACUUAUACUUAAAUAUUCUUUUAUAGACAUGUCAGACUCAAAUCUAUUGAUAAGCAAGACCAUAAAAAUAAUUGAUGUAAAUUAAUGGAAGUGAAAAUUAUCACCGUCCUUUUUUGACCUAUGCAGAAUGUCUCACUGUACAGUAAAAUUUUUUGCACAGUUAUUUUACAGUCUCCCUCAUAAGCACAGAAACUGUAAAAUGACUAGAAACUGCAGGCUUGCUAUGCAAGUAUACAGUGUUGUACACUGACAUGUUUAAAACUGGAAAUGUUCUCACCCUCCUAAAAUCCAUUAAUCAUGCAUCAUGAUUAGGGAUUAUUUAAUUCUCCCCCAAGUGAAAAUUAUGCAAAUGUUACAAGGAAUGAUUCUGAUUUUUUUAAAGAAGACUUUUGACAAAAAGAAGCACCACAGCAAAAACAGGUUUGAUCUGUGUCUUUUCAGUCAUUGUAAUACCUGCAGUAUACCCAAGAUGUCGCUGUGGAUCACAUUUGUGUUGUUUUCUCAAUGAAUGACUGUGUGUCAAAGUCUGUGAAGAAUUAUGUACUGUAUAUACUAGCAGGGAAUUUUGAACAAUUGACAUAUAUGCAUAGCAACAGAAACAAACUGACACACACACACAUAUAUAUACAGUACUGUAUUUAUAUAUUCAAGAACAUUUUAAACUUUAGUUAUAUAAGGGUGCACAAUCAGGAUCAGGGUGACUGAUAUUACAUAUUAAAAUGGUGCAUAGUAUGAUCUUUCUCACUAACCUUCAAAUUGUUAACCAAUGAUAAUUAAGAAAAGCCUUUAACAUUAAACCUUUGUAGGGAUAAAACACAUCAGUUUUAAAGUUACCUAAUUUUAAAAUCCAUUUGAUUUGUAUAUCAAUGAAUAUAUUCAGUGCAAAAAUAAACUUGGUUAAAAAUUUGUACUGA